AGUGGGUGGAUAAAGUCUAUGGACCGCGCUGACUGAUCGGCUGGAGAUGAUCAGCGGGGGAGUCAUGGAGGACCUGAUGCAGCUCUGGCACAGGGCGGAGGUGGACAAGCGGACAGCGGCUCUGCUGGCGGGGGCCGCCUGCGGGGCGGGAGCUGCGGUGCUGAUGAUCCGGAAAAUGAUCCGCUUCCGAGAGGCCAAGGAUAAGAUCCAGAGAGCCAGAGAGCGGAGGACCGAGAGCCUGCAGCGGGCAGAGGAGGCUGUGCUGCGGUUCAAGGAGUCGCAUCCAACAACCGACUCUGCUCUCAUCUUGACGCUGUCCCUCUCUGAGUUGACCAAACAAUUGCAGGAAGGCUUGCUGACUCCAGAGGAAGUGUUUUACACUUACAUGGAAAAGACUCUGGAUGUGAACAAAAAGCUCAACUGCUGCACUGGGAUUUUGCUGGAAAGUUUCGAUCAGCUGAAAACUCUUGACUCCAAGAAGAAGGGUAUCUUGUAUGGAGUUCCAGUUAGUAUCAAAGAAAACUUCGCUUAUAAGAAUCAUGACUGUUCUUGUGGUUUGGUCACUGAUCUGGACCAGCCCCUCCAGAAGGACAGUGUGCUUGUGGAAGUUCUGAAGAGACAAGGAGCUAUUCCCUUUGUGAAAACCAACCUGCCUCAAGCCCUACUUAACUAUGACUGUAGUAACCCCAUAUAUGGGCAGACCGUGAACCCUCAUAACCUCCAGAAGACCUCUGGAGGUUCGUCCGGUGGGGAGGGGGCUCUCAUCGGGGGAGGCGGCUCUGUGCUCGGUUUGGGCAGUGACAUUGGGGGCAGCAUCCGCAUUCCUUCAGCUUUCUGUGGGAUCUGUGGCCUCAAGCCGACAGCAUGUCGGCUCAGUUCACAAGGUGUGAGGCCCAUUUACAGAGGGCAAAAGUCAGUGCUGUCAUCUCCUGGACCUAUGGCGAGGGAUGUAGACAGUCUGGCUCUGUGUAUGCAGGCUCUGCUGAGUGACCACAUGUUUUCCCUGGAUCCUACUGUUCCACCCAUACCCUUUAAUGUGGAGAUGUACCAGAGCACCAAACCUCUGAGGAUCGGUUACUUUGAAAGCGACGGCUACGCACAGUCGUCUCCAAGCACGGCCCGAGCCAUCAGAGAAGUCAAGGCACUGUUAGAGCAAGCUGGCCACACUCUGGUGCCUUACAGUCCUCUGAAGAUCAGACACAUUGUCAACGAGAUAAUGGUUAAGGGUGUCCUUGCAGAUGGAGCCACCACCAUGCUACAAAAACUGGAGGGAGGCCCUAUUGACCCCUGUCUCUCAGCGCAGGUUUUACCCUACAGUUUACCUACAUGGCUGAAGAAAACCCUCUCAUUCCUCCUAAAGCCUGUGGCUCCCCGUGCUUCCGCCAUCCUCAGUGGUAUCUGUGGAGUCAGUUCUGUUCCAGAGCUAUGGAAGCAGCACGCUGCUGUCGAGGACUACAUUUAUGAAACAAUAGAAGAUUGGAGAAGAUGCAACAUAGAUGUGCUGCUGUGCCCUAUGUUUGGACCUGCCUACAACUUCCUAUACUGCGGCAAACUUACCACUAUGCUCACGAACACGAUGCUUUACAAUCUCCUCACCUUUCCGGCCGGUGUAGUUCCCGUUACUACGGUGACUGCAGAAGAUGAGGAGGAACUCAAGUACUAUAAGGGCGUUUAUCAGGACCACUGGGACAGGCUUUUCAAAGAGGCUGUGUCUGGGGGCGAGGGUCUGCCUGUGGCGGUGCAGUGCGUGGCUAUGCCGUGGCAGGACGAGCUCUGCCUGCGUCUCAUGAGGGAGGUGGAACAUCUGGUCAAACAGAGCAGGAAGUAGAGCCUGGAGGCUACAGAUGGAUGAAGAUGAUGUUUGAUAAUAGCAUUGGAACAUUAUGAUGUGGGAUGUGAACGUGAAGUUGAUGCAUUUAACAAUAAUUCUAGAGAGAUAAUUCUUAAGUUAGGGGUUUAGGGUUUGGGCUAACCCUAGAUUUUUUGUGUUUAACUCAUUACUUGACAAAUCUUUAAUGUUUAAAUUUAAUUGUAUUUUGCAUUUAUGUGUCUUUAUUGGAAUAAUCUUACUGAAAUGGGGAUUCUUAAUAUAAUAAUUAUAAUAAAUAAAUACAUUUCUUUUUAUUGUUGAUCAUGUCUGAACUUAAAACCUACCGUGAUCUGAUGUCUGAGAAUAAAACAACUGAUUUCUCACAGGUCGCACC